UCGCUCAACCUGAUCAAGUACUGGAAGGGGCAGCACGUCAUCUCCGUCUCGCCAAAGAUUGUCGACGAGCACCUCAAGCUCCACCCGCCCGGCACCUCUUUGCGCUGCGACCCGUCCAAGCUCACCUGGCAGCCGCCCGCCGAAGACGCCCUCGACAAGUGA